AUGAAGGUUGUGUUCCUGAGUUUACUACUUGUGGUUUGUGCUGCCCAAGAAGAGGAAGCUCAGCCAAGUCUCUCAGAGCUUUCAGGACAAUGGAGAACUGCAUACCUUGCAUCCAGUAACCUGGAGAAGAUCAACCCCAAUGGGCCAUUCCAGGCUUACCUCAAGAAAUUUCUGUUUGAUGAUGAACACGGCACAGCAGACUGCUACUUUUAUGGCAGACACAUGGGAAAAUGGGAACAUAAACACGUCACAGCAAUAAAGCAAGAUGAUGGUACUUAUGCUGCUGACUAUGAGGGUAAAAAUGUAUUUGAAGUUGCUUAUGCAUCCAAAAACUUUCUGGUAAUACAUAACAUCAAUGUGGAUGAACAUGGCAAGAAGACAGUAUUGACUGGACUAUUUGGUUCACCAAAUAUUGAAGAGGAAGGCUUGCAGAAGUUCAAGGAGCUGACAGAAGAGAAAGGGAUUGAUGAGAAAAAUAUCGUGAAUUUCAUCGAAAGUGAAAAGGUCACUGAGACCAGACACGUCCUUGUCUCCAUGGAAUCAAGACCAACAACCAGAAGAUGA